GAUGCGAGGAGCUCGUUCAGCGCUGCGGAGUACUAAAUAAACCCAAUUCUGGCCAACUUUGUUCUUUGUCCAAUGCAACCACAAUCGUAACAAUGAAAUGAGUUACAUUUAGUGCAACCGAAACCAAAAAAAAGGAUUAAGUGCGUGUUUAGCUCGACAAAGGAAAAGUUGCACAUAAAUAGAGAACGUUUUAUGGCACAUCGGAGAUGUACUUAAAUUUAUUGCUAAAGUAAGAGAUUAUCUGAAAGACGAACCGGUUGAACAAGAGUGUUAAAAACUGAAUAUGGAAAGUGCGGGGGAGCUCCAAGUGAAGUGAUCAGAAAAACGAUACUAUUAUAGUUUGUGUGAAGUGUUAUGUUGCUCUAAGAGGCUGAGGAACCAUCAAUAUACUUGAUUACUGAUCCCAAAAUACUGCCGGACAAAAUGUGGAUAAACCAUCACUGGACGUGCUACGUGUUCUUCACUCUCUGCUGCCUGAAUAGAGCCACUUUUGGAGCUAUUCUGGACUCACGUUGCUAUCUGGAGGGCGGAGGUUCUGCGGAAAGCUUCCUGGCCACCGAGGACCUGGCGGUGGGUUCCAUAAUCGGCAAGUUGAGGAUAAACGGAGAUCCCAAUGCCGAGACAGGGGACAUCAAUCUUUCGCUGAGAGAGAAGAAUGCUCCAGUGGAGAUACAUGCCGGGACCAAGGAGCUAGCCCUGUCGGUGGAACUCGACAAGGAGGGUGUGCGAGGUCCCUCGUCCAUCUAUGUGAAUGUCAUCUGCGUACGGCGACAUUCUACGGAUCCGAGUUUCGUCAUUCCCGUAAAUGUGCGAGUUACUGAUGUGAACGACAAUGCCCCUGAGUGGAUCGGAACACCCUACACGUUGACCCUCUCGGAGGUUACAGUUCCGGGAACCAGAAUCCUGCAGGGCGCCCGUGCCGAGGAUGCCGACCAACCGGGACCCUUCUCCACGGUGGAGUACCAGGUGCUACCGGGGCCAUACUCGGAGUAUGUGCAGUUCCUCAAUCCCCUCGAAGGCACGCUGGUCCUAAGGAAAGCUCUCGACUACGAGCAGCUAAGGAAUUUCACCGUGAAACUAAGGGCUCAAGAUCAGGGAACACCGCCCCGUCACUCGGACACCCUGCUCCGGGUGGUCAUCACGGACGCAGAUGACCAGAACCCAAAGUUCCAGCGGGAGUCCUACAGCGCAGAGAUACCAGUGGACGGCAGGCCGGGAGAGCUGCGCAUGCGACCGGAGCCACUGAAGGCGGUGGAUCAGGACGAGGGCAUCUGUGCCCCCAUCCAGUACACAAUAGUCCAAUCGCAGGACGCCAAGUACUUUCGCAUCCAUCCUCACAACGGAGCAAUCAGCUUACUGACCCCCAUUGGAUAUGCCGAUGUGGCCAAUGGCGCUACCCUGGUGGUUAAGGCCACGCAGAUCGACAAUCCCGAUCGGUACGCUCUAACCACUGUCCAGUUAACGCGACCUGGUAGCCACAGUGAUCUCAGCACUCUGGCCUUCGUCCAGAAGAGAUUCGUAAUGCGCAUUCGCGAGGAUACAGCGGUGGGCAAUCGGAUUCUGGCUCUGCCCACCAAUAAGCCCGGUAAACAUCUCAAGUACACCAUUCCCGAUCCGGUGAACUCGCAGUUCUUCAGCGUGGGAUCGCUGGGCGAACUGGUACUGGCCAAACCCCUGGACUACGAGAAGAUGACGAAGCAUGAGUUCCAGGUGCUAGCCACCGAUGGAAUGACCAACAGCACCGCGGAACUCACGCUGGACGUAAUUGACGUAAAUGACUGGGAACCUCGGUUCCGGGAAACACACUACGAGUUUAUGGUGCCCAAAAGCCAGUCCUUGCAAUCCCGCGUGGAUUCCUUCGAGGGCGUGCUUAUUGGCAAGGUGGAGGCUGCUGACGGAGAUCGCAAUGAUAAACUGGAACUCUCGCUGCGUGGUCAGCACGCUGGUCUGUUUGAGAUUGAUGCCACCGGAAACAUCUACAUGCGCCCGGAGCAGCUGCAGAGCCUCAAUGAGUCCACGGUCCAUCUGAUAGCCAUCGCAACGGACACGGGGGUGCCUCCAAGGAGCACCUCAGUUCCCGUUAGCGUGACAAUGGAGGGGCUAACCCUGGCUCAAUCCGGUUGGAACAGCAAUAUGCUGGGCAUGUUCGGCAUGAUCAUGGGUCUCUUCCUGAUGAUCAUAGUGGCGCUCAGCUGCUACAUUGUGCGGUCCAAAAAGCAGGGAAAGAGUGCCUCUAGCGGAUUGGGUCUCGGCCGGAAUCGGGUGCACAGCCAGGCGCAUAGCAGUGUGUCCUCAGCCAAUCUGGUUACCCACGAGAAGCUGGCGGGGAAUGGCAACGGCAAUGGAGCGAGUGUGACGAGCGGUGGUGUCUCUGUGCUGCACAUGAAGCACGGUGGCAAUAUCACCAUGGCCAAUCCUAUAAACAAUGGCCUGCAUCAUGUGGCCAGUGGAGCCAGUAGUAGCAUGGCACUCGGAAGUUCCGCCGCCUUGCUGGAGCGUGAGCGGGAACGAGAAAGGGAGCGGGAUCGGGAGCGUCAGCGGGAGAGCUAUGCGGCCACAGUGCGCAUCUUCUUGCCAGGCAUAGUUUCACGCGCCUCUGCUAACGGCCAGCUAUUCGAGGAGGACGAGAUCGAGCACGACUCCCUGCAGACAGAGAACAACAACCGCAAAGUGGCGGCCACGGGAGCUGCAAGUGGCGGGGUCACCACUAUCACAACCACCUCGGCCAAUGCGGGCUCGAAUCUGCUAUCCGCCACCGAUGCCAUGGGUUCCUCGGAGAACAACUUGACGGUAUACUUUUAGAACUGCGGGAGCCAGCUCCUUCCGGAGAGCUUGUAAAUAUCGCUGCUAAGUCAGUUUAGGAUUAGGUUUAGUCCCCGCACACGUGUAUGUACAUUGAGUAGACCAAAUAUAGCAUUGUAAACAGACCCAGCACACGAUCUAGGCUAAGUCCAAGCGAUUUCCAUUGUAAAGUUUUGCUUCCCAGAUUUUAAGUGGAUUCGUCCAAUAAAGUUUUCGACAUUCAAGCAUGUUGGCC